UUUCGGUCUUGUGUAAAGUCGAUUUGAUUAUUUCAACGCCAUUAAUACAUAUUUGUUAAGUGAAUUCCUUACAAUAAGACAGAAAAAUAGCCAUAACGUAAUUGUUAAUAUUAUAUUGGUUUAAAAAACACAUUUUAUUAAUUAAAAACCGACGAUUUGCAAAAAGAAAAUGCCGCGUACGAAGGUUUCCAAGUCUACCAAACGUUUUCGUGAAACGUCAAAUUCUGAAGAAAAAUUGCGGGAGUUUGAAGCAUCAUUUGAUGGCUAUUUGCACGCAUUAGAAUUAAAAGGAAAAGCGCAAAUAAAAUCUAUUGAAGACAAGUUUUAUGUGUUACUAAUGGGCACUGAUUCAAAUGUCCUUAAUUUACUAAUGGGAGAUGUAUUGUCUCUGAAUUUAACAAAACCUGAAGAUUGCAAAAAAUAUUUGAAUACUUUGGCGGUAAAUAAUAGCGCUGGUGGCGCCAAACAAACCUCCGGAAAGCAAUUAAACCCAAACGAUGAAGGUUACCUUACAGAGGAUAGCACAAACGGUGGCAGUACAAUAGGUAUCUCAACCUCGACUUUAAGUGCAUAUAGUCGGGCAUCUAUUAAACAACAGCAACAGCGUGGUCGCACUCCUGGGCCGCUAAGUUCAGCUAGAGCUCGGCGUCCGCGUCGUAGUCGAUCAGCUUGUGAUGAUUUAGUGCAAGUAUCCACAAUAAAGUCAACAAAUUCCUCCACCGUUAUGGACACACGUAUUUCGCGGAGCAAAAUGCGUACACCAACUGCUACACGCUCCAAAGCUUUUAGUGCUGAUCGUUCAUCACAAAUGUGCGGCCAACAGUUCUCAAUGACAAUGUCGACAUCAUCUCCGGCGGCAGCAUUUUUACGGUGGCCGAAACCUGGUGAAGUGGUAUUGUCCAAAUGUGGAAGUCCAGUAGUUGCUCAUGUGCUGCCCGAUAAAUUUGCCAAUGUGAAUAUACCUACAAAGAAUGGUGUGUUUUCAUUACGACCAAAGAAACUGGAAGAACUGAAAUCGGACAUUAUCGAUGCUAUUGAUGCAGACACACUUAACCAAAUCAAAACAUUACAUGAUAAUUUAAAUUUAAUCAUGAAAAUGGCUGAUGGCUCCUCAACGAAAUAGUGCUUAUCAUCGUAUGACUUCAUUUCAUUUAUAUAGUAUUACUUACUUUCUUCACAAAAUAUAAUGUUAACAUUAUAAUUGACUUAA